AUAAACUGUGUGUGUGAUUGUGUGAAUGUCCAGUUUUGAGUCUCCUCGCAAUUGCCAAACAAUGUUUAGCCCAUCUCGUCUCAAAACCUUACAUCCUCUUCAAGUUUUCUCAGUAAAACCUCCAUCUUCAUCCUUAAGCUUCACGAAAUUCAAAAGCCUCAUGAACACCAUCAUAGUCUCCCACAUGUGCCGAAUCAUUCGUGCACUCUCCAAAGUCAAGACCAUUAUCCUUGGUAUCCUCAAGAACAACCAAGCCAUCCACAACAAAAAACAGAGGAUAAUAUUGGGUUCCUUCAGGCUUCACUAUAACUGGUGCUCUUCCAAGUCUUCCCACGUCUUGCCUGUCCCCGCUCGCGUUUUCGACGGCUUGCCUUCCGGCCAUUCCGGCCAUGAUUCAAGUUGGAGCAGCGCAAUUUCAGAGGCAGAGAAACAAGGCCUGGAUAUUUCUCAUGAUGAUUCAGAAGAGCUAGCAGGAUAUCUUCAGUGGCUGGAGGAGAAAGUUCAAGAUAAAGGUACGAAUAAUGAGCAAAUUAAAGAGGAUAUUGAUAUGCUUGCAGAAAUGUUCAUUGCGAGCUGUCACGAGAAGUUUAGGUUGGAGAAGCAGGAAUCCGACAGGAGGUUUCAAGAAAUGUUGGCCAGGAGCAUGUAAAAAGAAACACAGAAUAAUUAAGAGGUGAUUGGGGUUACUUUUACUUUUUCCCGUUCAAUUUCAGUUUUCUAAUCAGCGUGGGGGGAAGCUUAUCUUCUCACAGUUAUAUCUCUGCCUUUUUCUUUACAUUGUGACUUCCAGAAAGAGGGACAAGGGGUUUGAAGAAUUAUACGUACAGGGUGGGUUUCCUGGGGAAUUGUGUCAUUCUUUGUCGAUAUGGUCAUGGCGGUUUGAAGCUUCAAAACUUGCAGGAUCUUUUUGAAUAUUGAACUGCAGUCUCAAUCUCAAUAUCUCUCUUUCCCCGGAA